UGUAUCACCUUUAUUUUCAAUUCACUUUAAGGUCUAAGCACAAUAAAUCAUCAGAGGUGUCACAUUUUGGAGAUUCCAUUAUAUUUUAUCAACCACAUUUUUCCAAUUCUAUCAAACAAUAGUCCGUCAGCAGCAAUAACAAAUGAAAUAGAUAACAGUUACCAACGAUUAAAUAUAAACUGAUACAGUCAAUAUCUAAGAAUAGUUUUAUAUCCGAAAUAAAAAAUUAAAAUUUCAAAAAAAUUGGAACAUUAAAAGAUUUCAGAACAAUAGGUUUUUCAAUUUCAAUAAAUACUUAUUAUGAACUGCACAAAGAAUAUCUAAGAAAAAAUGUCGAUUGAAGAAAUUAAUCUUUUAAAAACCAUAUGUCUUUCCGGCAAUGAGUACAUAGUGAAAGAUAUGCUUUAUGGAAUUAACUAUUCUAACUUCCUUCAAUCAUCUGAAGCCUAUUUAUUGCUCUGUAAUGUGCUUAUAAAGACUGUUUCUUCAUCAGUGAAAAUUGCCAAUAAUAAAAUAAGCAACUCAUCUUCGUACCUGAUGAUUUCUAAAAUACUUUUACAAUAUGGAAUAAGAGUGAAUGACGACAAUUGUCCAAAAGAUAUUCCCACGCCACUUCAUAUUGCAGUUCGAACAGGUAAUGAAGAACUUGUAAAAAUGUUGCUGUGGAAUGGAGCUGAUGUUAAUAAAAAACAUUGUACACUUAUUACACCCCUAAUAUUUACAUUUGAAAAUAAUUUAACAAACAUCGCUGAGAUAUUAAUAGAGAAUGGUGCUAAUCCCGGCAAUUGUGAUGUUAGUGAAAAGUACACUUAUUCGGCACUUCAUCUUGCAGUUGUACUGGAAAAUAUAGAAAUGGUGAAAUUUCUAUUAGAAAAAGCUGUUUAUAAUGUUAGAAAUGAUUGCUGGGACAAAAUUUUACAACAUAGAUUUUUAAACGAAUAUAAUAGUAUCUCUCAGCUUUUCCUCGAAAGUCCUGAUAAUCUUGAUUAUUCUGGCACUUUUGAGUUUGAACAUCCAAAAAUUUCUAAAGAACAAACAGUAUCUCCACUUGACAUUGCAGUUUUACAAGAAAAUAAGGAAAUAGUGGAAAUAUUGUUAUCAAAAGGAGUAUCAGUUAAUACAAGAAACAAUAACGGAUAUACUCCAUUGCACUUUGCCGUUAUGAAAAAUUCAAUUAUUAUCGCUUUAAUUUUGCUGCAAAAUGGUGCUAAUUGUGAUAUUCUUAGUAAUUGUGGCCAUAAAGCUUUUUACUAUUCCCAAGAUCCAUGUAUGAGAAGCCUUUAUAGUAUGCACAAAAUCGAAAUCUAUCUCAAUAAUGGAGGGAAUACUGAAGAUAAGGAUGAUAAUUUUUAUACCCUAUUGCAUUAUGCAGUAAAGUAUAAUUUGUACAAUGUUGUUCUUCUUUUAUUGGAUAAAGAAUCGAACGUGAAUGCAGUAACAAAAUUAGGUGAAACACCACUUCAUCUUGCUGCUAUUGAGCGCAAUGGAGAAAUUGCACAACUUUUAUUACAGAGAGGGGCCAAUAUUAAUGCUAUCACAAAUUCAGGAUGUACACCCUUGCAUUUGGCAGCCAACUCUAAUAAUUUAUCCUAUGACGAAUCAGGAUUUUUCUUAGUUUUUCUACUUCAAAAUGGCGCUAACAUUGCAGCUACAAACAAUUUUGGUUUGACUCCUUUAAAUUAUGCUAUCAAAAGACAACAUCUUUUGGAUGUGGAGGUUCUUUUAGGUGCAAAUCCAAAUGUCUAUGAUAAAAGUAUUAAAAUGGCAUUUUGCUUAUCAUUUUUCGAUCACUAUCAUAGAAAUAAUUGUUUUGGAGUGACGUAUUGUUUAAAACGAUGUGUAAGUGAAGUAUUUAUUGACUUUGGUUUGACGAUUUUUAUUGAAGACUUGAAGGAUAUGUUUAUACCAGAAGAAUUGUAUUCUUCUUGGCUAAAACAGUCAUCAGACAAAAAAUUUAGAUCGUUUGUGCAAGACCUUCUUCAGAAGCAAAAUACUUUUAAUACUGAAGAAAUAGUAAGAUCUUUUAUUCAAUUUCAAGUACUAGUAGGUGCUAUCAAACAUGGAUAUUGCGAUAUUUUUUUAAAUUUAUUAACACCUAAUGUAAACGUAAAUUGUCGAUUGCAAGAUGGAUGUACAUUACUUCAUCAUGCAUGUAGAUUUGAAAAUGUAUGUGUUGUCAAAGAACUUGUGCGACGUGGUGCUGAUAUAAAUGCAAUAGAUGUUGCAAAAUUGUCUCCCCUUCAUAUUUCAAUUUUCGAAUUUUCUUAUGGAGUCACUGAAUUUUUAAUAAAAAAAUUAGCCUAUAUUGAAGUUCGAGAUGAAAACAAUGAAACUCCACUUUUUUCCGCAGUUAUAGAGAAUAAUUUGACAAGCAUUCGUUUACUUUUAGAAGCCGGCGCUAAUGUGAAUGUUGUUAAUAAUUCUUAUGAAUCACCUAUUUGUAAAGCUAUGGGCUAUGGUGAUAUAAAUAUUAUUAAAAUUCUUUUACACUAUGGUGCUUUUGUUAAUGCAAGUGACACAUUUAUAAUAAGAUCAAUAUUUGAAGCAUUGGAAGAAUUUGAUGAUGAUAAUGAUGAUUUUAUCUUUGACGCUGUUGAUCUUGUAUUUAGUUAUGGUGCAGAGGUUAUUGAUUUAGUUCCAAAAACUUUUAUUGUUGAUGAAAGUCACUGUGCAAGAUUUCAAAUAAAAUCUGCUGCGGCAAAUUUAGAGAUUAUUGAUUUUCCCAUCGAUUCAAUUGAAUUAGUUGAUUUUCAAUCUCAAUGUCUUGAAGAAAUACAAAGGAUGAGAUGGUUAAAAAUUAUUGGAUUUAAUAUAUCGAUUUAUGAUUUUCUAAUAAAACCACCCAGAACAAUUGGUAUGUAUAUGCGAAAUAAGAUUGUUGUUGAAUGUUUAGAUGUAAUAGAUUUCGAAGAAAAAUUCCCUUUAUAUGCCAGUAAAUUGGAUGUUUGUGUGAUGAGAGGUAAACUUGAGUGCCGGUUAUUGGAAUUAGCUUAUCACUGUCUGGAAGUUUUAAAAGUGAAAUUACCUAAUGUUGUAAUCUCUCAAAUUAUUUCUUACUUGGACACUUCAGACUUACAUCGUUUAAUUAUCGCUUCGCCCAUUUCUAGCAAAAUGAAAGAAUCAGUUCAAUAUCAAGAGGAGCUAUGAGCCAAAAGUUUUGAAUGUUCAAAUGGACGAAAUAUUUUUUUCAAUAUAUAAAUUAUUAAAAAUUAUGAUGACAAUGUAAAAUAAAAUAGUAAAUUAAACAAUUAUUAAAUUAAAUAACUUCUUUUUAGAUAUUUUAAACAAUAUUUUCUAAUAAAAUUUGUACUUAAAAAGUUGCAAAAAAAUUUCGUUCAUUUGAACGAAACAUUUAGCUCAUGAGGAUCUUAUGUUAUUUUUUUAAUGACGUUUUAGUCAUUUACUUAUGAACUUAAAAGAUAUAUAAAUAUGUAUAUAAAUGUUUCUAUUUUCAUAUAACAUAAUUUUGUAAUAUUUAAUUUUAAAAUAUAAAGUGUGUAUAUAUAAUUUUUUUAAAUAAAAAUUUACAAAUUUCUGUAAUAAAUAAAUAAAUUGUCAGAAAAUAUAUUGAUACC